AUGGCCGUCGGGCUGAUCAGCAUGGAGGUGCUGGAUCCAAUCUUCUCAGGGAAUGGCAUCGCCAGUAGGUUUGUUGCUCGCUCCAUGCUGUCGAGGAACUCCACUUCCCUGUUUGUUCUCUGCGGGAGCAAGACGGCAGGACAGGGCGCCGGGCUGGCACAUCGCUGUGAUAGAGAGGUUUUCGAAGCAAUAUCGCCAAAACGAAAAGAUCAGUCGAGAGUGAAGGGGAUUUCAAUCCCUCUGCCGAUCUGGGGGAAACUGGACAAGAACAGCAGCUACGAGGAAUUUGCGGCGGGGGCGUGUGACAAGCUGGUGGAAGAAACGAUCAAGAUCGACAAGGUGGACACCUUCUUGUGUGUAGACUGGAGUGGAUGCUACGUGUUCCAUCGCAUGAAGGAGCAGGGGUUGAUAGUGGACGAUGCGAAAAUGAUAUACUUCCCUUUCUGCGUCUUCCACGCUUUGUACUCAGCGAGCAACGAGGAGGUCGGGUUUUACAAGGCAGAGGAGACAAGAUCGAUCGAGUCUGCAACGAAAGUAAUCGCGCUGUGUGAGUCUGAUCUCGAGAAGCUCGCCAAGCUGAACUCAAAGCACCGGGGAAAGAUCGAGGUCCUGCCGCCUCCUCUCAGGGAGGACUUCAGGGCGGUGGUGCUUCGGAACUCGGAGGUUGUGAGGCAGAGAAAGUUCAUCACUUGCUGCCUGCGAUUUACUCCUUCCAAGAAUGUCAAAGUCUUCUGCGAGGCCGUGAGCAUUAUCCACGAGGAGCUGAGCGCCAGGGGCAUCAUGGUUGUCAUGUGCGGGGCUGUGAUCGACGAGUCGUAUGCCAACGAGUGCAGGAGGGUGAUGGAGGAAUCCAACACAAGACACAAUAUCGUGAAGGACUUCUUGGACGCUCAAGGCUUGCAGGAGGUUCUGAGCCAAUCCCUUGUCAACAUCCACACCGCUCCUUACGAAGCUUACGGAAUGACCAUAGUGGAAGCGGCUGCUUGCGGUUCGCCGUCUAUCAUUCAUGAGCAAUGGAGGGACAUCGGGGCAACUAUCUUGCUUCCUCCCACGAGCGAUGGAGGAUCAUGUUACCUUGCCAACAUGCUGGACGCGAAUGACUUGGCUCGUGCUAUUCUCGACGCCAUUCGAGACCAAGAGAGCUUGGGGGAGGCGUCGAGGAGAGCCCGGGAGCUUGCGCUGUCAUGGGACGAGGACAAGUAUGCUGAGAGGCUGAUCGAAGUUUUGGACGAUUCGAAGAUCAUUACGAGGGACGGCUGA